AAGAACUAGAAAUUUCACUGUCAAUCUAAGCUGCCUCAAGCACAUUUUGUUACUGCCAAUAUAAUCAGGGACAGAUGUUUGAAAUUCAUGCCCUUAGAUUUUCAAAGACUUUGAAAGGUCAAAGACAUCCUAGUGUUCGAAAUAGCACUGACUUUAUCAGGCAGGCAUUAAUGUGCGAAUGUUAUUUUCCCGUCAUCCACUGUAGUUUCAUUUUCAAUGGGCAGUUUUCACGCUUUGAGGAUUUGAGUAUGUUUGUUUGAAAUUUGGAAACACUGUGGAAGAGCAAUGAGUAACGGUAACAUCACUGAAGCAUCUUGUUAUGACAUCAAUGGCAACAAGGUUAAACAUGGAGAACCAUUUGUGCCUGAGGGAAAUGAUUUUUGUUACCACUGCAAAUGCCUGAGUGGACAAGCAGCGCAAUGUUUUACCACAGAAUGUGCAGUGCCAACAUGUGAGGAUUACAAAGCUAUACCUGGCAAAUGUUGCGCGUAUACCUGCCCUUCAGGUGUCAAUUCAGAGGCUGCGGAGUUGGCAAUAAUCAUCAGUUUGUCAGUGGGACUAGUACUGCUGCUUAUACUCCUGGUGUUCGUCAUCGACAGAAAUCGAAAGAAAAAUCGGAGAAAUCGAACGAGAAGUGAAGUCCUGGAGCAAUCACAAAAUUUAAGACCAAGACCGCUGAACAACAGACUUGCUGUAAUUGCAGAAGAAAAUGGUGAUGGAAUCGAACCACCUCCCCCUUACACCCCUGGUCGAGGGAGAUACAGUAUCAGAAAACCACACUAUGCCUCCCCUCCCUUUACACCAAAUGAACCGCCUCCUCCGUACGAAAUAGAUUCCAGAGAGGCCACAGACGUAUAGCAUAGGUUGACGACUGCUUUCAGUCGUUUAGGAUUAUUUGUACAGUUAAAAUAAACCGGCGCGCCGGAAGUCGUGCGGGACCGUUGGACGGAAGUGACCAGUUCUGAAUGAAAAAUCUGUUUGUUUCGUUAAAGGAGUAGCUGUUAGGGUUGGAUUUGGCGAGGCAACGGACCCAAUUACAGAGGUGCAGCAUGUGAAGCAGAGCUCUAGGAAGGAUAGCAGUACAUCCUGUCUGUUGGAAGGUUUUUUCAGCGAGAAUCACAGGUAAUCCUUUGGCCAAUGCCUUGAGCAGAAUCUGCAAGGGCCCUUUAUUCGUUCUCCCAAAGAGGAAGCUUCAGAUGAGGGCCCUGGUUCCCCCACGGAACAACGGCCCCAAAGAGAUAGUGGAUGACUUAUCAAGUACAGUAAUCUAUAAAAGCUUUCUUCUCUUGCAAAUUCCUUGAAAACCUAAACACGUUAUGCGACUACACUGGUUGGCAAGGAAUGGGGGGAUUUAGGGCUUUUAAACCAGGAGGAACUAAAGAAAACUCAAAGCACCGUCGCUACCAAUUAUUUAUUUAAAUCAGCGUCUUUCAAUCCUCACGGAACAAGAAUUCAGGCGCUAUAACGUAAAGUGAGCAAUUCUCCUCGACUUGUCAUCGUUGGAAUAUGUAAGAGUUUGGAGGUGGUCAACGCUUCAGAUUUUAUCUCCUUGGGAGGGGAACAAGCUGAAAUCGUAAAUUGAUGCAGCGUUUUGUUGAAGAAAACAUUUGACUUGAGUUUUGUUUAACGCGAAGUUUUGUUGUAUAGUAGAGAAAAACUGACAUUUUCAGUAGACCACUGUAAAUAUGAAUUUUUUUUAAGGAAACUUUUUUUGAUUUGCAAUCUGAAGAAACCACCAAGGGUUUUAGCCAUAGGAAGUUGAUCUUUGUUUAUCAAGUAAAUGACGAGCAAACGGCGUUACAGGUUUUAGUUACCAGGAUCAACGCGAAUGGAGCGCUUCUCGAUUGAGUGUCGUAAAAACCCAAACCAAAGCAAUCGCAACCGCCAAUCGUAGGAAGGAAAACGCCACAAGGAGCCAAUGAUAAGGAAGUUAAGACAAGUAAACUGUUUGAAACGCGGGAAAACGCGGGCGACUAAGUCGUGAUUGGUUUUCAUUUUUGAAUCUGAUUGGUCGCGAGUUUUAUGAACCGAUCACGACACAAAACAACCCCGGGUUACUUUCGACACUCAAUUGAAAAUGGCCCAGUAUGACUUAUUCGUUGAACUGAUUGCAUAGUUUUCUGACGAAAGGCAGAAAUUCUUAUUAGUGACGUCUUCUGACGCUUACUCCUGAAACUUGUAGUGAAGUAACCAACGUUUUCCUGAAAGAGUUCGGCAGCAAGUUUCUGAAGCGUUGAACAAUUUUUUUGCCAUUAGUUAUCCUGUAAAUAACUGUAUUUUAAGGAUAUUUGUACUGAGAAACGUUCCCACCUUUAAGGGAUGGUUAGCUCUCGCGAGGGGGAGAAUUGCUAUGUAGGAGUAGCUUUUUUUUCAGUAAAGAAAGAUGUUAUGCAUGAAAUGCUAUUUAUGAUAUGAAAGUUUUGUUGCAUUCUACAGUCUGUGGUCAAAUUAAUUGCUAUUAAAUUAAUUAACCUCUUAUUAAGUA